GCGCUCGGGGGCGGGUCUACCGUGGGAGGGGGACGCGCGCCCUGCGGCCCUGCCUUAAGGCGACGCGCUGCAGCUGCAGCUGCUGCCGCAGCCACCGUCACCAUUCCCAAAUUCUGGAGGGGAGGAUGGAGUCGAUGACGGUCGCUACCGACAGUGGAGACAGGUCGGGGGUCCCAGCAGGCUCAGGCCUGUCAGCUUCCCAGCGUCGAGCCGAACUGCGGCGGAGAAAGCUGCUCAUGAACUCGGAACAGCGCAUCAACCGGAUCAUGGGCUUUCACAGGCCUGCGGGCGCGGAAGAAGAAAGUCAAACAAAAUCAAAGCAACAGGACAGUGAUAAACUGAACUCCCUCAGCAUUCCUUCAGUCUCAAAGCGAGUAGUGCUGGGUGAUUCUGUCAGUACUGGAACAACUGAGCAGCAGGGUGGUGUGGCUGAGGUAAAGGGGACCCAACUGGGAGACAAACUGGACUCUUUGAUUAAAUCAUCUGAGUGCAGUAAUGACGUCAACCUUGAGCUCCGGCAGCGGAACAGAGGGGACCUGACAACAGACACUGUCCAGAGAAGUUCUCGCCAUGGUCUAGAACAGUACCUUUCCAGAUUUGAAGAAGCAAUGAAACUAAGGAAACAGCUGAUUAGUGAAAAACCCAGUCAAGAGGAUGGAAGUUCAACAGAAGAGUUUGAUUCCUUUCGAAUAUUUAGAUUGGUGGGAUGUGCUCUUCUUGCUCUUGGAGUCAGAGCUUUUGUUUGCAAAUACUUGGGUGAAAAGAAAGUAAAGACUACAGUACUAACAGCUGCACUUCUGUUAUCUGGAAUUCCUGCUGAAGUAAUAAAUCGAUCAAUGGAUACCUAUAGCAAAAUGGGUGAAGUCUUCACGGAUCUCUGUGUCUACUUUUUCACUUUUAUUUUUUGUCAUGAACUGCUUAAUUAUUGGGGCUCUGAAGUACCAUGAAGUCUGCACAACUCAGAAACAGCAGCUUACAAAAAAAAUUCUUUUCUAUAUUGCAGUGUCUCUAAAGGAGGCAAAUUGGUUUACAUCUUUUAUAAUACUUUUCAUUUAUAGGGCUUGUAAAACUCCUUUAUUAGGAAUGGAAUGGCAGAUUCCCUGAUUUGAAAGGAUUGAGUUUGUAUUAGUACUGAUAUGAAGAAUAGAGUACCAGUGUCAUUCAUUUUGAUUUGCUUGUUUGAUUAGAAUCCCUAUUCUAUACCUUUCUCCUCACUUCUUAAAUUUGUAAUUCCUCAUUUAAGGGCUGAGCUAGUACUUAAGAGAGCAGAUAAACAUAGUCUCAGCCAGCCCUAAGGACUGCUGCUUGUAUAUGUGUCACUCUGUCCUGAAAAAUGAAGUCAUCUUAAAAAUAAAAUGAAAGAAACUGAAUUGUGUAACGU